GACUGAAGGAGUUUCACUCUGAGCUCUUCAAUGGUCAUAUUCACACACACCUUCUACUGGCCCUGUUCUACACAGAGUCCAUCCGGAUUUCUAUUGGUCUUUUUUUAUUUUGUUGUCCUCGGCAGCUCAUGCAAGGCUGCAGCAACACCUACACUCAGCUUUUAAUUAUCAGACAAUCAUCACUGACUGGCUGCUGUUCAAAUGCUGGGAGACAAGGCUCACGGUGUGACUCUGAAGGUUAUGGAAUACACAUAUGAUGAUGACCUGGAAGAGCUGUGUCCUGUGUGUGGAGACAAAGUGUCUGGAUAUCACUACGGUCUCCUCACCUGCGAGAGCUGCAAGGGCUUCUUCAAGAGGACAGUGCAGAACAACAAGAGAUACACAUGUGCGGAAAACCAGGAGUGUAAAAUAGACAAGACCCAGAGGAAGAGAUGUCCUUUCUGUCGCUUCCAGAAAUGCCUCAACGUCGGGAUGCGCCUUGAAGCGGUGCGUGCAGACCGCAUGCGUGGGGGGAGGAAUAAAUUUGGCCCCAUGUACAAGAGAGACAGGGCCUUGAAGCAGCAGAAGAAGGCUUUGAUACGAUCCAACGGCUUCAAGCUGGAGAGUGCAGCUCCUCCGCCAGCCUCUCCUCUGCAGACUGACUACGGCUUCACCGGCACCCUGCACAGCCUGCCUACCAUCUCGAAAAGUCUCCUCCCCUCCACCCCGAGCUCCAUCACCCCCACAGACUACGAGGCCAACCUCUAUGGACCCCCAUCCCUGGGCAUGGCCAUGCAGUCACACGUGCCCCUUACCACUCAGUACCAGUACACAGCCCUCCCUGGCAGGGCGAUUAAAGCCGAGUGCCCCGACUACACCAGCUCCCCCGAGUCUCUGACAGGAUACCCCUACCCAGAAAUGUACCCCUCAGCCUCACCGCAGCCUCCCAGCCUGCCACCGCUGGUUCUGGAGCUGCUGCGCUGUGAUCCAGAUGAGCUGGUGGUGCAAAAUAAGAUCGUGGCUCAUCUGCAGCAGGAGCAGAGCAGCCGAGGCCGACUGGACAAGCCCAGCACCUUCAGCCUCAUGUGUCGCAUGGCGGACCAGACUCUCUUCUCCAUCGUGGAGUGGGCUCGGAGCUGCAUCUUCUUCAAGGAGCUCAGGGUGGGAGAUCAAAUGAAGCUGCUCCACAACUGCUGGUCUGAACUUCUGGUCCUGGAUCACAUUUUCAGACAAGUGCAACAUGGAAAGGAAGACAGCAUCCUGCUGGUGACCGGCCAGGAGGUGGAGCUUUCGUCCAUCCUGUCCCAAGCCGAGGGGACUCUGUCCAAUCUGGUCCAGAGAGGUCAGGAGCUGGCAGCGAGGCUGCGGGCGCUGCAGGUCGACCGCAGAGAGAUCGCCUGUCUGAAAUUCCUCCUCCUGUUCAACCCCAAUGUGAAGCUGCUUGAGAACCAGGCGUUUGUUGAGGGUGUCCAGGAGCAGGUGAACGGGGCUCUGCUGGAGUACACCCUGUCCACUUACCCUCAGUUCCAGGAGAAGUUCAGCCAGCUGGUGGUGCGGCUGCCGGAGCUGCGUUCCCUCAGCACACAUGCUGAGGACUACCUGUGCUACAUGCAUCUGAGCGGAGAGGUGCCCUGCAACAACCUGCUGAUUGAGAUGCUGCACGCCAAGCGAGCGUGCGUGUGAAGGACGCAUGCAAGAUGAUUCAUCAUUGUAUGUUUGUCCAGGUGGGACUGUGUGUGUGUGGGAGGGAAAGUGUGAGUGAGAAAAAAAAAAAAUCAAAUGAAGAUAGACAGGUUCAUACUGGGUCAUCUUUGUGAGGGCUUUGUUUUAGUGGAGAGGAGAAAAUGUUCUUUUGAGUUUGGAAUUAUAAAGCUCCAUCUGUAUUCAAGGUGGUUUUAAGAUUUUGAAUGUUAAUGUUUUCAUAUCCUGUAGAUCUACAUUAACGUGACCUUUUUAAACUGGAUUUCUACCCUGUUUUCAAAAAUCUAAAAUUAGAUCUACCUGUAGAGUUACAUUAUAUCCUUUUUGACCAAAUAUCACAUGAAUCCCACGUUGCCGAAAAGAUUUUCUACGUCCCACAGAGCUGCCCAGCAAACAUUCAGACUCAGAGGAGGAGGCUGCAGCCUGCAGCAGUGCUGAUCAGCCAUGAAAACAUGCUGUCGAGAUGAAUGUUGUAAUAUCUGUCUGUAGCUGCUACCUGCAUCAUUUCGUAACAUCAAGACCUAAAUAUCUUUCUGAUAUCACUGCGAAACACUUUCAAUAGGAAAUCUGGUUCUGGGUGAGCUGAUGUUGAACUGUCGCAUCACAAGAUGGGAACAUUCACAUGGAACCAUCUACAGAAUGGUUGCUGGGUGAGCUAAUGUGCACUUUUCUCAGAUGGAUUUUGUAGCCUCUUUUCAGAAAUGAAAUUUUAGUGUUGAAAAAAAGAGUUUUUGAUCAAAAUAUUAGAUGCAACUUUAUGAUUCCAAGAUCAGCAACACUGUUUCUAGAUUAUUAUUAUUAUUAUUAUUAUUAUUAUUAUUAUUAUUAUUAUUAUUAUUAUUAUUAUUAUUAUUAUUAUUAUUAUUGUUAUUAUUAUUAUUAUUAUUAUUAUUUUGAUGAAGACAGUUCAGUAUAACAUGACUGUACAGUGGUCCGACUAGACUAGCACUGCUCGUAUCUCUGCACUUGUUCUUUUAGUCACCAACCUUACGAAAAACAGAAAUAAGAAGUUCUGUGGGGUUCAUUAUAGUUUUGUUUCAAUCUAUUUAGAUGUUAAUAUAUUGAUAUAUCAAAAGCCAGGCAUGUUAAGAAAAACACAUUCAGUUAUCCAUCAAACUGUUGCCAAUAAAAGAAAAUUAAAAGAUAAAGGAAGGAGAGAAAAAAAACAGACAGACACUAAUUUGUGGAUGAAAAACUAAAAGGAAGCCAGAGCAGAGAAGAGGAGAAAAAGACACAUCAGUGUGCAAAUGGUUUUCUUUUCAGUGAAAGCAAAAGGAAGCAGUGGUGAGUGCUCACCCUUCCUGUCACACAGAGGAGACACAGGGAGAGAAAAGAUGCAUGAGGCAACAUUUGGUUUCUAGUUGGGUUUUUUUUGGUGUUUUUUUUAUUUUAUUAAAUAAAACAAUGGACCCUUAAAAAUGAAGGUGUCAGGUUGAUACUACAUUUGUGUCACUUUUCAACACAGUGUACUGUAUGUGGACAAGAGUUCAACUGACUGAGUCUGUGAUGAAGCUGCUGAGUUUAGUUCACAGAAUGAAAACGGUUGUAUGCCUCAUAUAAAUACUGUUCAAAAACGUUAAGCUGAAUAUUUGGAAAA